CCAGUGGCAAGUCCUUCCAGGCCUUCUCCAAUUUGUGGUGGAGUGGAAAUGGUUGCUGCUCGGUCACGUGGUCAGGGCCUGGUGACCUUUGAGGAGGUGGCUGUUUGUUUCACAGAGGAAGAGUGGGCUCUGCUGGCGCCGGGCCAAAGAGCCAUGCACAGGGAAAUCAUGGAAGAGAAUUAUGGGAAUCUGGCUUCUCUGGAUGGUGGGUGGGAAAGUCAAAAUGAGGAUGAACAGCUCAAACGGAAAAGUGGAACAAAACAGAAGUGGAAGAAAGAAUCCAUUUCGUCCAAAGUGACUGUCUUCCAUGAAAUUCCAGUCCAAGAAGAAUGUCGCCAAGGAAAUCAGUUCCUUCUGGCUGAAAACGUCUUAUCUAGUAAAUCAAGCCUGAAUCUGCAUUAUGAAAUUUACAAUAGGAGAAACCAUUGAAAUGCUCAGAAUGCAAAAAAACCUUUAGUCAGAGCAACAGCCUUAAACAACAUCAAAUAAUCCAUACAGGGAUGAAACCAUAUAAAUGCCUAGAAUGUGGGAAAAGCUUUAGUUGGAAGAGUAACCUCAAAAGACA